AUGGCUCCCGUGGUCAUACUGAUACGCCAUGCCGAAGGCCUACACAGCAAGUACCGCGCACACGACUGGAGCAUAUUCGACCCCAAGUUGACGGUGAAGGGCAUAGAGCAAUGCAAAGUCCUCGCGGCCGAGCUUGAGCCCAGGUUCCCCUUCACGCGAGAGGAGAGCUUGAUCGUUGUGAGCCCGUUGGCACGAACGCUACAGACAGUCCAGCACAGCCUCCCCUGGCUCCAAGCUCGUGGCGUCCCGGUCGAAGUGCGUGCUGAGUGGCAGGAAACCACGGCCAACCCCUGUGACGUUGGCGCCGCGCUGUCCGAGCUCGAGGCAGACUGGCCGGACUUCGACUUCUCGAAGGUGGAUCCGGUAUAUCCUGAGAAGACAGGAUUGUAUGGGCCAUCGGAGGAGGCUAUUCAGAACAGGGCUUCCGUUGUUCGGCGGUGGCUCUUUGAGCGCCCUGAGAAAUGUGUCGUGGUUGUCACCCACUCCGGCUUCCUCCGGAGGCUUGUUCAUGGACCAAAGUACCAGAAUGUAGAGUACAGAGCCUACAGAUUCGCCGAUGGACUUGCGGAAGGGGAGCUGGAGCUUAAGGAGUUGAACAAGGAGAGGCCGCUUGAGCAUGAAGAAGACCUCUCAUCGAAGCAUCCACGCAUCGGAGCAUAG